AUGUCUGGCACUCUUCAAACCAUUGAAUCUUUUAGUUCUAAACGGAGAGGAGUAGGCGAAUGUGAUCAAGAACCGCUGUCCCCCAGUAGUGACAGCGAUGAUAUUGGUGAAUUUUCCUUCCAGUCGGAGGCAAUGCUUGAAUAUGAUGAGCAAAAUGGUUUGAGGGCUUUUGCAAAAUUUGUUUGCUCUACACAGGUUCCACCUAAGAUGGUUGAAGAUGCUGAUUUUAGGGAGUUGGCACGUAGGUUUAACCCUUCCAUUAACAUUAGCGUCAAAAUGGUUGAAAGUGAAUGCUUGAUAUUCUACGAGGAAAGCAAAUUGAGAAUUAAAGAAUUCUUGGUGAAUUUUGAGGGACAGAUUAGCCUCUCUCUGGAGAUAUUGAAGUACUAUAACUACCGUGAUUACUUGUGUCUGUCAGCACAUUUUAUUGAAGGGAAUUGGAAAAUGAAGAAGUUGGUACUUCACUUCCGCUCUGCUUCGGAUCCUGAAGAUAAGUCAUCUGAUAAUUUUCAUUGUCGAGAUUGGGGAAUUGUGAAGUUGCUUGAAAAUUGGGGUAUUAAGGAUAAAAUAUCUACUUUCAUUAUGACUAGUGGGUAUGGCAGUGUGGCUGAUUGUUUGGAAAGUCAAAUCCAAGGAAACAAGGACAUUGCUUUGAAUGGUUGUCUGUUUCGUCGGUUUCACGUGCGUUGUUGUGGUGAAAUGGUCAGUCUAAUGGUGCAGGAAGCAUUUGACAAGAUUAAAGAUAUCAUCGACAAAGUUCGAGCAUUGUCUUCUUCUGCUAAAUCCUUACCCUUAUGGAAUCACACAAUUUUUGAUCUACAGCAAGCCCUGAAGCUGUGGUCUAUGGGAGAAUACUCUACGAAAGAAAUGACCAAGCAAGAUAAACCAUGCCCAUCUCCUGAUGAAUGGAAGAAAGUUGAAGGUGUAUGCAAAAUUGUAGGGAGCAUAUAUGAAGUAUCAACUGCAUUAUUUGAGACAAAGCACCUAACUGCUAAUGUUUUUCUGUAUCACCUUCAUGAGUUUCGCGAAAUACUGACCCAAAUGACGAUGCAGUCAGAUGGUUUUAUCAGGACAAUAGCUGAGGCCAUGUUGGAAAGGUUGGCCAAGUAUUGGGAUGAGAUGUUCUUGCUGUUGGCAAUUACUGCAGCAUUGGAUCCUCGGUUUAAGAUGAAAUAUGUGGAAUUUGUUUGUUCAAAAGUUAAGGGUGAUGCAAACGCACAAGUUUUAGCUGUUUGGGGAGCCAUUCAGAAACAGUUUGAUGCAUAUGUGAUCCUUUUUCCUGAAAAGGAGACCUUUCCGAGUGAUUCAUCUUCUUCGGAUUCAGAUUCAGAAGGGGAAUCUCCUAUUCCCUGGCAAGUAAAUCAUAUCUUUAGUGUGUUGCAAGACUACCACCAGUGCAUUCAAUCGAGUAAUCAGCCUACGAAAAAAUCAGAGUUGGAUUACUACUUGGAAGAACCUGUCUUACCAUGGAGUCAGAAGUUUAGUGCAUUGACUUGGUGGAAAACCACCGGUGCCAAGUAUCCUACCCUCUCCAGGAUGGCACGCGAUUUCUUGUCUAUUCCAAUCUCUCUUGCAACUUCAUAUGAUGCAUUCUAUACCGAACCAAGGCCAGUUGAUGAACACAUGAUCCGCUUGAAGCCGGACUUAGCAAAUGCAUUGAUGUGUACACGAAGCUGGUACCGUGCACUGAAAGAGUACUAACAGUUGAUGGAGAACUCGUACUUUGUGGCCUUCUGCUGCACUUGUGAUUGAUAGCUCUCUUCUGCGGGACGUGGGAAUCGGUUUAGUCGAGCAACUCACAUGGACAUCACUUUAUUUGUUACUAUUGAAUUCCAUUAGGGAGACUAGAAUGUUAUUUUUGUUUCUGUUUAUCUAGGACUUGAGGAUGAAGACACUCGAAUUUUCGUUGGCACAAUCCCACAUAGUGCUUCAUCGAUCUGCUUUUAAUUUUGAUCAAAAUUGUCCUCUAAAUUUCCUUUUUAAAGCAAAAGGAAAAAACAUUGUCUUUUUUUUUUUUUUUUCAGACAAACAUGA